GUUAUUUUCAAUAUAAUUUAUUUGGUUCUUCUGUUAAAAGGCAAAGGUGACAUUCAGAGCUGCGAGAAUUAUAGAGGCAUCAAACUGCUUAGCCACACCAUGAAGGUUUGGGAGCGAAUCAUUGAGUAUAGGGUGCGGAAAGGGGUUUGCAUCUCUGAGAACCAGUUUGGUUUCAUGCCUGGCAGAUCGACUACAGAGGCCAUUCAUCUCAUGAGGAGGUUAAUGGAAGAGUAUAGGGCUAGGAAGAAGGAUCUUCAUAUGGUGUUUAUUGACCUUGAGAAGGCGUAUGAUAGGGUGCCAAGGGAGGUCUUAUGGAGGUGCCUUGAGGCGAGAGGAGUUCCCAUCGUGUACACUCGCGCGAUCAAGGAUAUGUACGAUAGGGCUAUGACCAGGGUAAGGACUUUUGGGGGCGACUCAGAUUCUUUUUCGGUAGGGAUGGGGUUGCACCAGGGGUCUGCCCUUAGCCCUUUUUUGUUUGCCUUGGUGAUGGACGUCCUAACUCAAGGUGUUCAAGAAGGGGUCCCAUGGUGCAUGCUUUUCGCGGAUGACAUUGUGCUUAUCGACGACACGCGUGAGGGAUUAAACGAUAAGUUGGAACUAUGGUGUCUUGCCCUUGAAACUAAAGGUUUCAAAAUAAGUAGGAGCAAGACUGAGUACAUGGAAUGCCAUUUCAGCGGCCGGGAUACAAAAUCAGAGGUGGAAGUCAGGAUUGACUCUCAUCUAGUACCUAAGGUAGACAAGUUUCGAUAUCUUGGCUCGGUAAUCCAGGCUGAUGGGGAUGUUGGACACCGUGUUGGAGUGGCUUGGGCCAAAUGGCGGUUAGCUUCAGGGGUGUUGUGUGAUCCGAAGAUUUCGCCUAGAAUGAAAGGUAAGUUCUAUCGAUCAGUAGUCAGACCUGCUAUGUUGUAUGGGGCGGAGUGUUGGGCGGUUAAGAAGACUCGUGUGCGUCGUUUGCAUGCAGCGGAGAUGCGGAUGUUACGAUGGAUGUGUGGUAAGACAAGGUUGGAUAAGAUUACAAACGAAGUCAUUCGACGUCAGGUAGGCAUGGCACCGGUGGAAGAUAAGUUGUGAGAAGCGAGGUUGAGAUGGUUUGGCCAUGUGAGACGGCGGGAUGCUGACGCCCCUGUACGGAGAUGCGAGAGGAUUACGGUUAUCGGGGGAAGUAGGGGAAGGGGUAGACCCAGGAAGAAUUGGAAGGAGGUGAUUAGGCAGGAUUUAGGACUUCUCAACCUGACUGAGGAUAUGGCCU